GGAGAAGAGCCGAGACCAAUGUUACCCAGCCUGACCGAACAUGCAGCGUACAUGGAGUUGCAGCCCUUGUCUUGUGGGGCUUAUCAUUUGUUUUGGCUUCUCUUCUGUGGUCUGUGAGGUUAUAAUGGUGUCAGCAGUGGGUCUGAAAGUCGUUCUCCCGUGCAAGUGGACGUGGCGGAUGGAGCAGCCGUCUCCCGGCCAUAAACCGUACAUCCAGUGGCAGACUCUCUCAGAGACCGUGUUUGAGCGAAUGGGACGCGAGCACUUUGAAGGCGGCGGGUACGAGGGGAGGGCAGAUGUGCCCGAGGAAAUGUUGGACAGCGGAAACUGUUCCCUCUUACUGCAAGAUAUAAGGUUCUCGGACGCAGGCAGGUACGAAAGUUACCUGGUUGUCGGGCAAUCGAGCAUCAAGACGCGACGCUUCAUUCAGAGCGUCCAACUCUCUGUCUUUGACCACAAGGAUACCAAGACUGUGAAAAUUGGAGAGAAGCUGGAACUAGACCUCCACACCCAACAGGCUACAACUGUGGUCUUCCAGGGAGGGGACAACUCUGAGUGGAAGGUUGUGUGGAACAGAGACAGUAAGGGACCCGUGAGUGGGGAGAUGAGGAGGAGAGGGAUGAGGGUGGUGAUGGAGCAGGUUGGGAAGAGUGAUGCUGGUAUCUAUAAGGUCCUGGACAGUCAAGGCCUGGCUCUCAGCACCGUGACAAUUUCAGUGACAGAAACCAUUGAGAGCACAGUGAAGGAAACAAAUCUCUCUGAAAAACAGCAGAUGGCUGUGGACAGGCCUGUAGAGACCAUGCUGGACCUUUUCAUCUUCCUGCACUUUACAGCUCCAUCCUCAACCUCCACUGCAAAGCGCUGCAUUGUUUAA